AUGGCUCCUGUCCAUCUGCCCCUGUCCUGCUACCAGAUGCCAAAGGAAGAGUAUCCACCAAGUCCAGAGCGCUGGCGGAAGCACCCCAGAAAGCCAAGUGCAAUUCCUUACUGUUACUGCGAAGUGCCCGAGGUUUGCACACAUUGGCAUACCCUGUUUGAUAAGCGGAAAGAACGGGAGGCCCUGGUGGUGUUCCAGAGAAGCGAAGAGCAGCCUAGGUUCUUCAAAGAAGCUGCCCAAAGUUACCGUCUCCCCAUGAACAAGCUGAUGUCAAAGUCUCUGAUGCCAUCAAGGGCCUCAGACUCUAUCAAGGACCCCCUGAAAUGGAAAAGGUUAAAGGAACUAACACAAAGCCUGACAUCUCCAAGAGAGGAAGAGCAGUUAUAUGCAACGCGGGCUCUGAGGUGCCUGGGCAUCAAUGACAAGGUUGUCAUGGAGGCACUGUGGCAGGUGGCCCAAACUGGUCCAGAGAAAGUGAAGUCGGAGGCCUAUCGAACCCUGGCCAUACUGGGUUGCCUGAAUAAGUAUGUGAUACAGGCUGUCAUUGAUCAGUUAAAGAAUCCAAAUAUGUAUCAAAAGAUGGAGACUCUGAGAGGGCUGCGAGCGGCUUUGAACUCCUGGGCUGCUGUCCCUAAAGACAAGAGGAUUCACGUUGAGAAUGAAAAAGAGCUGGUGUGCAUGCUCAAGGCAAUGAUAAAAAAGCCAUUGAGUGAAACAACCCUGGAGGCAGCCCUGUGCUUGGGUUUCCUGAGGCCCCACAGCACCACAGCCCAAGAAUUCUUGCUGCAGAGCCUGUGCCAAGGGCCCAAGACUCAUCAAAUGAAGGCACUUAGGAUGUUGAUCAAGAUUAUGCAGGUGAAGUCUGCUGCAGUCACAAGGGCCAUUCUGGAUCAGAUCGGUGCUUCCCCAGUCAUCGAGGACCGAUAUGAAGCCAUUAUGAUGCUUAAGACCAUUGGGCUGGAACAAAUCCAGAAACAGGGACUAGAAGAAUCCACAUUUGACCUGCUCAAGAUGAAGACAUACAGAGAACCCUUCCUUGCUAUGAGGAAGGCUGUGGCUGAACUGGUGGAAGAGUUCAAGAUGAAACCUAUGAUGAUGAAUAUGGUGGAGGUAGACCUGAUGAACCCAAAUGAUAUUAAACGCCAGGAAGCAGUCACCUCUUUGGGCGUCCUGGGGGUCCGCAGCCCACAAGUGUUUCACUUGCUCCUGGAUAUGCUAGAUGCUGAUAAGAGCCAGACUGUGAAGAAGAGUCUACAAGAAACAUUAUUUCUUUUGGCCUCCGUCAACCCCUGGGCCCAAAAGAAGCUGAGGAACAAGAUUUUCUUUGUCUCUGCGGUACCUACCACCAGCCAGGUGAAAGAGCCUACGAGGUUCCGUAAAGAGCCUGACAUCCUAGAAAAAUUAAACAUCUACGACUUUCGACUUGCGAAACUGAACCCAUUAUUUAUUUCCCAAUUCUGCGACAAGGAAGGAAAAAGGAAAAAAAUACCUGCUUUCCCACCCUGUUUCUCUAAACCACAAAAACAAAGGUCACAGACCAGGGAAGCUUGGCAGGCCAUAACCAGAAAACAAGCCUACAAGUUGUGA